UUGGGAUUACCCUGAGGGGAGGGCAGUGUGUGUCCUUGGCGGAGAGGGGAGGUGACUCCAGCCGCAGGACGACGCAGAAUGAGGGCCCUACCGGUCUCCCAGGCUCUGAUUCGCUCCUUCAGCUCCAGUGCCCGGCACCGCUUCCAGAACCGUGUAGCAGAGAAACAGAAACUCUUCCAGGAGAACAAUGAUCUCCCUGUGCAUCUGAAAGGCGGGACUGCCGACCAACUCCUGUACCGACUGACCAUGGUGCUGACUCUGGGGGGCACCGCCUACAGCUUGUACUGCCUGGGCUGGGCCUCCUUCCCCCACAAGAAGUGAGACCAAGCAGCCUGGAGGACCUAGACAAACAAUAAAUAUGCAGACUUGAGAACCCAA